CCUGUUAAUCUCUCUAGCGUUCUCUGGAGCGAGCGGAUUUGACAGGCGCUAUCAACUGGCGGAUCUGCAAGAGCCUGGGCUGGAGCAGAGGAACAGUGGCGGAAGACGAAAUUUACCCGAGCGCUUAUCAUUGUAUGCUGAAUUUAGGAAGGGAAAACGCCGUUAGAUUAUGUAGUUUGUGUUUUCGCAUCGUGGCAACCGUUUGGGGACUUGAAAUAUCUUCAGCCAUUCGAAAACCAUGUAGGCUAUCUAUUACAUUGGCGUUUAGAAAAGUGAAAUCGAUUGUCCGCGGUUAAUCGACGGAAUCCCUGGAUGGAAGACAGCUUGAGAGGUUGGACAGAAGCUGGUUGAAGAAAACAGCCUUUUUUCAAUGUCGCUGCGCCUAUCAUAAUCUGAAACAUCCGCAGCCUCGACGCCUGCUAGUUGAGACCAUUUUUGCCAUGGUAUUGGUCCUGAAAGACUCGGAAAACACCUCAAAAUGAAAAACGCUCAACGUUCAUCAUUACUGCGGAUUUAAAUGCCUCUCGCGAAGGGACACCGACCAGCUAUUUCGGUCCAGUUUGUGCGUGCGGCGUUUUCCACUGUAGCAGAAAUCUGAACUAGAUUGCAAUAAACAGUUAAGUGAAGGUGACAAUAAUAUAGAACGCAGAGGGGGGUAUUAUUUUUUUUCAAGCAAUAUGGCUGGUGAGUGGGGCUGGGGACGCUGGCACAGGCUCUCCAAGGCUCCUAGAUGCUAGCUGAGCCGGACGCCACCGUUCUCCAUGGAAGCGGCAACUCAAUGAUGAGUAGAAAUAUCUAUCAUAAUAAAAAUCCGGACUCCUCGAUCUCUAUAUCCAAGAUGGACGUGAUCAUCCCGUUCUCGCCAGACGUGCCCUGCGACAAUAAUGGCCAACGCAUGUGGUGGGCAUUCCUCGCCUCCUCUAUGGUGACGUUUUUCGGGGGUCUCUUCAUCAUUCUCCUUUGGAGGACCCUCAAAUACCUGUGGACCGUGUGCUGCCACUGCAACACCAAAAAGAAGGAGGCCCAGAAGGUGAAUAACCCUGCUAACAGUCAGGCAGCAGAUGGGACACCUAAGGGUCCUGAUGAGAAGGACGAAGUGGUGCCUGCCAGCGAGGUGGGCUGGAUGACCUCUGUGAAGGACUGGGCCGGGGUCAUGAUAUCAGCACAGACACUCACCGGCAGAGUCCUGGUCGUGCUCGUCUUUGCUCUCAGCAUUGGAGCACUUGGAAUAUACUUUAUAGACUCUUCUGAUCCCAUAGAAUCCUGUCAGAAUUUCUACAAAGAUUUCACGUUACAGAUCGACAUGUUCUUCAAUGUCUUCUUUCUCCUCUACUUUGGGCUGCGGUUCAUAGCAGCCAAUGAUAAACUGUGGUUCUGGCUGGAGGUCAACUCAGUGGUGGACUUCUUCACUGUUCCUCCUGUCUUCGUAUCGGUCUACUUGAAUAGGAGCUGGCUGGGUUUAAGAUUCCUGAGAGCCUUGAGAUUGAUACAGUUCUCAGAAAUUUUACAGUUUUUGAAUAUCUUAAAAACAAGCAAUUCCAUCAAGCUGGUGAACCUGUGUUCCAUCUUCAUAAGCACAUGGCUAACAGCUGCCGGAUUCAUACAUUUGGUGGAAAACUCAGGGGAUCCUUGGGAAAACUUCCAAAAUUCCCAGUCACUUUCCUAUUGGGAAUGUGUCUACUUGCUCAUGGUCACUAUGUCAACAGUGGGCUACGGGGAUGUCUAUGCAAAAACCACCUUGGGACGCCUGUUCAUGGUCUUCUUCAUCCUCGGGGGUUUGGCCAUGUUUGCCAGCUACGUCCCUGAAAUCAUAGAGUUAAUAGGAAACCGCAAGAAAUAUGGUGGUUCCUAUAGUGCGGUUAAUGGGAGAAAGCACAUUGUGGUCUGUGGUCAUAUAACGCUCGAAAGUGUCUCCAACUUCCUCAAAGACUUCCUACACAAGGACAGGGAUGAUGUCAAUGUAGAAAUAGUUUUUCUCCAUAAUAUUUCCCCUAAUCUUGAGCUGGAAGCCUUGUUCAAACGCCACUUUACCCAAGUGGAGUUCUACCAGGGAUCUGUUCUCAACCCUCACGAUCUGGCCCGAGUGAAGAUUGAGUCAGCAGACGCCUGUCUGAUCCUGGCUAAUAAAUACUGUCCAGAUCCCGAUGCUGAAGAUGCCUCCAACAUCAUGAGGGUCAUCUCUAUCAAGAACUAUUCCCCCAAGAUACGAAUUAUCACUCAAAUGUUACAGUACCAUAACAAGGCUCACCUGCUCAAUAUUCCUAGCUGGAACUGGAAGGAAGGUGAUGAUGCUAUCUGUCUAGCAGAGCUGAAGGCUGGCUUCAUAGCUCAGAGCUGUCUGGCCCAGGGCCUCUCCACCAUGCUGGCCAAUCUCUUCUCCAUGAGAUCUUUCAUCGAGAUUGAAGAGGAUACGUGGCAGAAGUACUAUUUAGAAGGGGUAGCUAAUGAGAUGUACACAGAGUAUCUGUCCAGUGCCUUUGUGGGGCUCUCCUUCCCAGCAGUCUGUGAGCUGUGCUACGUGAAGCUGAAGCUGUUGCUUAUCGCCAUCGAGAACAAGUCGGAACUGGGAGAGAGCAGAAGCCGAAAGCGCAUCCUCAUCAACCCGGGGAACCACGUAAAGAUGCAGGAAGGAACUCUGGGGUUCUUCAUCGCCAGCGACGCCAAAGAAGUAAAGAGAGCAUUUUUCUACUGCAAAGCUUGUCACGAUGACAUCACAGACCCCAAACGGAUCAAAAAAUGUGGCUGCAAACGACUGAUUUAUUCCAAGAUGUCCGUCUACAAACAAAUGAAACUGGCAUGUUGCUUUGAUUGCGGCCGUUCAGAGCGAGACUGCUCUUGCAUGUCAGGCAGUGUACAUAUUAACAUGGACACCCUACAGAGGGCCUACCCACUCCCCUCUGUCUCUGUUCAUGAUUGCACAACCACUUUACCUGCCUCCAAAUAUAAGUAUAAUGGAUAUGUCAGAUCACCAGAGGGCGCUACGGCACCAGGGAAAACGGGAAGUCAAAAAGAGACCUGCGUUCGGUUCAAAGCAGAUUGCAAUUUAGUUGAAGAUGAGCACCCGUCAACUCUGUCGCCCAAAAAAAAGCAGCGGAAUGGAGGCAUGCGAAACUCACCCAACAACUCGCCCAAAAUGAUGAGCAGGCAUGACCCUCUACUAAUCCCUGGGAACGAGCAGAUCGAGAACAUGGACAUGAAUGUGAAGCAGUAUGACUCCACGGGAAUGUUCCACUGGUGCCCGUCUAAAGAGAUUGAGAAGGUCAUCCUGACCCGGAGUGAGGCAUCCAUGACGGUGUUGAGCGGCCAUGUAGUGGUCUGUAUAUUUGGAGAUGUCACGUCCGCUCUAGUGGGGCUGCGAAACUUGGUGAUGCCUUUGAGAGCCAGCAACUUCCAUUAUCACGAGCUGAAGCCCAUAGUGUUUGUGGGCUCGCUGGAGUACCUGAGGAGAGAGUGGGAAACUCUACACAACUUCCCCAAGGUCUCCAUACUACCUGGUACGCCAUUAAGUCGUGCAGAUUUAAGGGCUGUCAACAUCAACCUCUGCGACAUGUGCGUGAUACUGUCGGCCAAUCAGAACAAUAUCGACGACGCCUCGCUGCAGGAUAAGGAAUGCAUUCUGGCGUCGCUCAACAUCAAGUCUAUGCAGUUUGACGACAGCAUCGGGCUCUUGCAGGCUAACUCCCAAGGUUUCACGCCUCCUGGAAUGGACCGGUCAUCUCCAGACAGCAGUCCAGUACAUGGUUUAGUACGCCAGGCCUCCGUCACCACCGGCGUCAACAUCCCCAUCAUCACUGAACUAGCUAAACCUGGCAAAAUACUGCCUUUGGUUUCAUUCAGUCAGGAAAAAAACUGUGGAAUCAACAUACAAAUGAUAACUGAGCUGGUGAACGACUCCAACGUUCAGUUCCUGGACCAAGAUGAUGACGAUGACCCGGACACGGAGCUGUACCUGACACAGCCCUUCGCCUGCGGAACCGCCUUCGCUGUUAGCGUACUGGACUCUCUCAUGAGUGCAACAUACUUCAAUGAUAAUAUCCUCACCCUGAUCCGGACGCUGGUGACUGGGGGAGCCACACCAGAGCUAGAGGCUCUAUUGGCAGAGGAGAACGCCCUGCGAGGGGGCUACAGCACGCCACAGACACUGGCCAACCGAGACAGGUGUCGUGUGGCCCAGCUGGCCCUCUAUGAUGGGCCCUUUGCCGACUUGGGGGAUGGCGGUUGCUAUGGAGAUUUGUUCUGUAAAGCGUUGAAGACGUACAACAUGUUGUGCUUCGGAAUCUACAGAUUGAGAGACGCUCACCUCGCCACACCUAGUCAGUGUACCAAAAGGUAUGUGAUCACCAACCCUCCGUAUGAGUUUGAGCUGGUCCCCACAGACCUGAUCUUCUGCCUGAUGCAGUUUGACCACAACGCGGGCCAGUCCCGGGCCAGCCUCUCCCACAGCUCUCACUCCUCCCAUUCCUCCAGCAAAAAGAGCUCGUCCGUCCACUCCAUCCCCACCACCAACCGGCAGAACCGCAGCAGCAAGCCCCGGGAGGCCGGCCACAAACAGAAUGCAACAAGGAUGAAUAGAAUGAGCCAAGAAAGGAAAUGGUUUACAGAUGAACCAGAAAAUGCCUACCAACGGAACAUUCAGAUCAAGCCCAUGAGCACUCACAUGGCCAACCAAGUCAACCAAUACAAAUCCACUAGCAGUCUGAUUCCACCAAUCAGAGAAGUUGAAGAUGAAUGCUGAAAACCAGGCCCCCAUGAUGACUCGUGAGAAGUCUGGACGCUCUUACGAAAGGAGAGAAAGAGAGAUGACGAACGGGGAUGAUGAUGAUGUUGAUUCAUUGGUUCCACUCAUUCUACAGAUCGAGGGUUUGACAUUAACACCACAACUUGAAGGGACCUCCUAUGUGUAUACCUUUAAUGUUACUUCCAUGCUCUACAAUGGACAAUGUUUUAUUUAUCAAUCUUCCAUAGAGAUGUACAUAAUGACAAUCAAAAAAGGAUUGUUCAUCCCCCCCUAGCACUUUUUGAAAUUAUUUUGAGUUGAAAAGAGAAGAAAAAGUACUUCCUGUAAUUAUUUGCAAUAGUUCACAUCUUCAUGUGACCACACUCCAUGGCUACUGUAGCUGAGGUUACUACUGGUUGUUGGAGGAUGAGGGCCGCAGCAGUUUGCUCAUCACAACAUCAUAACAUCUCCCAAAGAUCCACAAAAUCGGCUGGGGUUCACCGCUCACCACUCAUACUCCCUAUCUGCUUCUGUUCUAUUUGCACAAAAACUGACCACGUUCUUUUGCAACAUGACGACUUGAAACAUUGACAUCUCCCCAAAACAACUACCAUCACAGAAAGUGUCAGCUUUUUGGUUGUUGAUUCACUGAACAAAAGAAAAGCUGCUUGUCAUUUGGAGAGAUGUACAACUGUACUGUGGUAAUGUGGAAAGAUCCAUUACUUCACUGCUUAGGGUAUGCUACUGUAUGUCAUCACACUGUUGAGUAAUCAAUGAAUGCAUUCCAGUCCUGUAGAAUGAGAUCAUAUUGAAAAUCAGUUGUCUUGAGACUCUGAGAGUACUGUAAGAGACAGUUCUUGGAUAAGCUGGCUGACAGAGUAUAUAGCUACACUGUACCUACAUCGGUUCUGGUGAUAUCACAAUGAAUAUGGAUGACCACGUUUCAAGCUCCUAUCAUCGCAUGGUAUGUGCCUGAGCCCUUCAAUAACAAUACAGCACAGAUGAUCAACUUAAACUGAAAACAUAAAAGGGAUGAAAGAACAACCUUGUCCUAUCCCUAAUGUGCAAACAUGAAAGGGGUGAAUGGACAACCUUGUCUCGUCCCUGGCGAACACAUGAAUGGGGUGAAAAGACAGCCUUGUCUUGUCCCUUGUGUGGACAGACAAUGCAUAUGGUAUGUACAUGCAAUGUGUGUACUGUACAUGGCAGCAAUGUGUCCCCUCAGUAAGAACAUCGGUGGUACAUCUGAGUUAAAUGCACAAAUUGGUAUCAUCAUCUCUCCAUCAGUGUGUCUGUGAUGGUGGUUCAGCCUCUGGGGGAGCAUCAUGUGGGAUCAAGGCUUCAAACCUGCAAGACAUAGAGGAACUAGAUCUGUCUGGGGGUUGCGGAUCAACAAACUACCUAUUCAUAUCACCGGUAAUACACCAACUAUGAUUGAGCUGAAAAAAUGUGAACAAACAUUAGCUGUGUGCCCUAAAACUUUAGGGAAAGCAUUUAAGUCCAAACAUUCUUUGCCAUGAUAUCUAUGGCGAAAAUUGGGAUUUAAGAAUGAAAACAAUAAGCAUAUCAUUUGAAUGUUUUUUGUCUGUUGAGAAAUUUGGAGAAGCAAUGCCACAUAUUGCGUAAAAUGGGCAUCAAUGGGUCCUCCUUUGACCAGAGCCACUGCCUGGCACAGGGUUGGUAACGGAGGCAGUAAAGUGCUUGGAUGUUCUCCGCUGACGAUCCUGAUGUCAUCAUAACACCUCUAAACUCUAUGUAGGUAAACGUUAGGGAAAAGCUCAAUCAUAAUUUGGUUUAAAAUGAUGCCACUGAUGACUAUGAAGAACGCUGGAGAAUACUGCCUGUGCUCUUCAUGUUAUCCUGGUCAAGGCUCAAGUGUGUGUUCAAAAUGGACAGAUUUUGUUUUGAUCCAAAAGCAACCCAGAAAGAGCUGCAGCCUUGGGAAGGAGAGGGUAUGGUGUCACAGAUGAUCCAACUAAAAACUAAACCUGGCAUAUGAGCAUGAUCAUUUUCUACUUAUUUUUACACAUGACCUAGUGAGAAAUGCUUUAUGAAAUUAAUCCGUUAUAAUUAUUACUAGGCCUAUAAUUGCAUAUCAGAUUUUUAUUUCCAAAUUAAUUGCUUUAAUUAACAUCAUCAUACCAAAAUGAUUAAUAUAAAUUCUGAAAUACUUAUAAUUAGACAUGCAUCAUUGAAGAAAAGUAUAAGUCCCCUCUCCUCUUUGCAACAAAGACCAUCCCUGAAAGUAUAUUCAUUAAUAAAAGUCAAUAUUGUAUAGGAGAUUACCUAAAUUUAACUCUUAAGUUUUUGUCUUAACUGUUGAGUGCUCCUUAAAACGUAGAUGGGCUUAGUUGAAGGAUCUCUGUAGCUGUAUUGAUAAACCUUAUCGCUGUGUAUAAGACUGAUCAUUUUCAUCGACAAGUGAAUACGAAUACGGAUGUGUGAGUCAAACAGAAAUGUGAUGGAAACAAUCGCAAACGAACUUGAGUUUCAAUGGGUGUAAGUAAUACCCAGACAGAGGGCCAAUCGGAAAGGUGCUUGAAGCUGGAUCUGAGGCGUUUAGCCAUUCGUUCUGUUCUGAGGGUGAAACUGUGUGACCUUCACUAUCAAUGAUUGACCUAAAUUAGGUCUCUAUCUAAGGAGAGAUAUACUGAAGAAUUUAUGUGCGUGUAUACUGUCAUUCUCCAUGGACAUGUUUCAAACUAUGUGACAGAGAGAGAUUGUUAGAGCAUCAUCAGGUUGUUUGCAGUGAACAGAUAGCCUUGAGAAUAUAGACAAAAGAUAAUGUAUUUCUAAAGACCUGUCAUUCAAGAGAAAAACCCCCACAUAUUUCUAUCUAAAUAUGUUGUGUAAAUUCCUCCCAUUAUAUAGAUCACGUGACUCUCUGAAGCAAAAUGGCCUGAGCUUUCUGUCUAUCUAUUGGGUGUGUUGCAACUCUACUGCGGGCUCAUUGACAUUGUCCUGAGGUGAACAUUUGAAUUGUGAUUACAUUGUCGUCACACUUUGUAGCAAGUAGAAUUAUGUUCAGAAAAUAUAUGAGUAAAGAUCUAUGUAUAAUUGGGUUGUUAAUAAUAUACUUGCUAGCCUGAAAAAUAAGGAAUUUAUAUUUGAUGCUGACAAUGACUUGAUUAAUUAAUUAUACAUAGUAUUGACAAAGGACAAAAUUAUUGUUUUGACAUAUAUGAAGAAAAAAAAGAACAACUUGACUUUUGAAAUUCAAGAUCCUUUUCCUGGGUUCACAUUGCAACAAGAAAAAUGAAUGUAAUGCUUGGAAAGAGCAGGUGUAAUUUGACCUGGUAAUAUCAACCAUCACAGAGACGCAGCCAUAGGGUAGCACCAAUUCAGUAAGAGAGGACAUACUUAAUUUUAGUGUUCUUGUUAAAAUAGUUUUUCCUUAUCAGGGUUUACAUUCCAUUGUGUCAGCUCUUGUCAUUUUUGUUACCAUAGUAAUAUCCAUGGAUUGUUUGAAACUGUCACUACUGCUUAUUAUUUGUUUACAGAGUUUUCUUUUUUGUAUUCAGAAGUACUUAAAUAUCACUUUACUCAGAAAUCAAAUGGUACAAAUCACAACCCAAAGCAGACGCAUACUUACAGAAUAGUCCACCAGUCCAUUUCAUUGUAUCUAAAUGUUUUUUUUAUUUUCAAUACGUGUACCCACAAUUUGUGUGACUGGUUUGACUCAAACUGGAAAAAAAUCACAACACUGGACUGAAACCUGUUCUUACAUUCUAAGGUUUUUAAGCUUUAUCUCUUUCCAGCGCAAAUACUCCACAAAUCUAAAGUACUGCUCUACCAUAUCAUACGUUUGUAUUAGAUGUUGAAGUCUUUGCAAUGUAAGCCUCUAAAGUUUUAGAGUGUUUUGAAGUGCCAUGAAAAGUGUUGUUGAACAAGCAUCGUUCAGUCAUUCACAGACUCACUCACUUAUUCAGAAUGAGUAAGGAUUGAGUUAGUUCCUCUCAGAAAGGGAAGUAAAUGUAUGCGAGUAUGGCAUCUUAUACUGGCAUGGAGAACAUCCAAGCCAUCAAUGCCUCCAUGCCAGUAGAGUGCCAGGCAGUGCUGUAGGUCUAAAGGAGGGCCUGUUUGAAGACCCACUAUAGCAAAAAGUGGCAUUGAAAAUGAGGGAAGAGUACAUGGAGCAUGGACACUGCUCUUCAACCCUCAACGUAUCAUACAUCUGUGUUGGUUGUACUGUCUGUAGCCUAAGGUACCUAUCUUGUUGUUAGGAGACUACAGGGAGAGAUGUUAAAACAUGUUUGUUGCGUGGUAGAAGGUAUGAAUGACUGAAGGAUGCACAGAGAGCACAGGCCAGGCUGUUUCAUAUGCUUGAGACCACCUGUCAGUGUUUUAGUCAAUUUAAGAGUCAGGACUAUGAAACUUCACACAUUGUUACAGUAUGUUACAUAGUUUUGUUAAUCUAUUUUCUUGCUGUAAAGGAUGGAUAUAACUUAUUUGCUGGAAAAUGUACUAGAUGUAAUAAAAUAUAUAAUAUUAUGGGGGGAUUUAAGUCUUAACAACACAUUGAAAUUGCAGUUAGCAAUUUUUAAGUUGAUUUUGAGGAAAAAAAAAGAAACUUGCAGUUUUUGUUAUUUUUUGGGGGGGCUGCCUAUCAGUUCAGGUGGAAUUCAGGAUAUUGCUCUCACAUGUCGCAUAUCUGAUUGUUUGGCACAUGGUCAUUGCUCGAAUCAGGAGUUUGAAAUAGUAGUUUACUUAGUUUGGAUUUGUCGAAGCGAGAAUAGAUAUAUGGAGAAUUUGAUGGUGCUGAGUUGAUCUACCUGACUCUGUCAAAUAUAAUCUGCUGAUAAAUAUACUGUCUUGUACAAAAAGUUUGUACAUAAAUUGUACAUGAUUUCUUUUUGUAUUUUCUCAAAUUAAAAUGGAUGUAUUUGUGUUCUAAAACUG